AUGGCAACCUCUGCAAUCCAUCAAUCAGCAUUUGCCGGCCAGACUGCUUUGAAGCAGUCAAAUGAGCUCAUCCGAAAGAUUGGCGGCCUUGGUGGCGGCCGCAUCACCAUGAGGCGCACCGUCAAAAGCACCCCCCAAAGCAUAUGGUAUGGCCCAGACCGCCCAAAAUACUUGGGACCAUUCUCUGAGCAAACUCCAUCAUACUUGACUGGUGAAUUCCCUGGUGACUACGGAUGGGACACUGCUGGACUAUCCGCAGACCCUGAGACAUUUGCCAAAAACCGUGAGCUUGAGGUGAUCCACAGCCGAUGGGCCAUGCUUGGUGCACUGGGAUGUGUCUUCCCAGAAAUCCUGUCAAAGAAUGGUGUCAAGUUCGGCGAGGCUGUUUGGUUCAAGGCUGGAUCUCAAAUCUUCUCCGAGGGUGGCCUUGACUAUCUUGGCAACCCAAACCUUGUCCAUGCCCAGAGCAUUUUGGCAAUCUGGGCUGUCCAGGUUGUGCUCAUGGGAUUUGUCGAAGGAUACAGGAUUGGUGGAGGACCACUUGGUGAAGGACUGGAUCCACUUUACCCUGGAGGGGCCUUUGACCCACUUGGACUGGCUGAUGAUCCUGAGGCGUUUGCUGAACUGAAGGUGAAAGAGCUUAAGAAUGGGCGGCUGGCAAUGACUUCAAUGUUUGGAUUCUUUGUUCAGGCUAUUGUAACUGGAAAGGGCCCAGUUGAGAACCUCUAUGACCAUGUUGCUGAUCCAGUUGCCAACAAUGCAUGGGCUUAUGCCACCAACUUUGUCCCUGGAAAAUGA